AUGGUUCCACCUCCAGCAGGGAUUCACUCCUUCAUCGUUCUCCUGACGACCGUCCUCCUGGUCCUCACCCCGGUCCUGUCCAGUCCCAGGUACGCCCCCGCCAUGCCCGGCACCAGGCGCGAGAUCGUGAUCGACGGCGACCUGGUGAUCGGCGGCCUGUUCCCCGUGCACGAGAAGGGCGAGGGCACCCGAGACUGCGGUAAGAUCAACGAGCACCGGGGCAUCCAGCGCCUGGAGGCCAUGCUGCUGGCGCUCGACGAGAUCAACCAGGACAGCCGCAUCCUGCCCGGUCUCAAGCUGGGCGCCCACAUCCUGGACACGUGCUCUAAGGACACGUACGCGCUGGAGCAGUCGCUGGAGUUCGUCCGGGCAUCUCUGACCAAAGUGCACCAGCCCGGUUUCAUCUGCCCGGACGGGUCCAACCCGGUGCCGGACGAGGUGCCGCUGGCCAUAUCCGGAGUGAUCGGGGGCUCGUACAGUGACGUCUCGAUACAGGUUGCCAACCUGCUGCGGCUCUUCCAAAUCCCUCAGAUCAGCUACGCGUCCACCAGCGCCAAACUGAGCGACAAAUCCCGCUACGACUACUUUGCCCGGACCGUCCCGCCGGACUUCUACCAGGCCAAAGCCAUCGCCGAGAUCCUUCGCUUCUUCAACUGGACCUACGUCUCCACCGUAGCCUCGGAGGGCGACUACGGCGAAACGGGCAUCGACGCCUUCCAGCAGGAGGCCCGCGUCCGCCAGAUCUGCAUCGCCACGUCCGUCAAAGUCAGCCGCUCCAUGAACCGGAUCAACUACGAGACGGUGAUCCGCUCGCUGCAGCAGAAAGCCAACGCCAGGGUGGUGAUCCUGUUCACCCGCAGCGAGGACGCCCGGGAGCUGCUGGUGGCGGCGUCGCGCAUGAACGUCUCCUUCGUCUGGGUGGCGAGCGACGGCUGGGGGGCGCAGGAGAGCGUGGUGCAGGGCAGCGAGAGGGCGGCCGACGGCGCCUUCACCAUCGAGCUGGCGUCCUACUCCAUCCGCGAGUUCGAGGACUACUUCACCAAGCUCACGCCCGAGCUCAACACGCGCAACCCCUGGUUCGGAGACUUCUGGGAGCACAGGUUCGGGUGUCGGCUGCACGAGCCCGGGUGCGCCCGGCACAGCCUGAGGGACGGCUCCUUCCAGCCGGAGUCCAAGAUCAUGUUCGUGGUGAAUGCGGUGUACGCCAUGGCACACGCCUUGCAUAACAUGCGCCAGGCCGUGUGCCCCAACACCACUCAGGUGUGUGAGGCCAUAAAGCCGGUGAACGGCAAGAGGUUCUACCGCGAGUUCAUCCUCAAGACCAAGUUUGAUGCCCCGUUCAGGCCGGCCGACACAGACAACGUGGUGCGCUUCACCCCCCUGGGCGACAGCCUGGGCCGGUACAACAUCUUUCACUAUCGGCAGGAGAACGGCAGGUACGUCUACAGGAAGGUGGGAUACUGGGCACAAGGCUUGGUCCUCAAUACCAGCAUGUUAUACCCGGCCGGAAGAGCUGUGCCCACCUCCCAGUGUAGCGACCCGUGCCAUCCCAACGAGGCCAAGAGCAUGCAGCCUGGCGACGUGUGCUGCUGGAUCUGCAUCCCCUGCCAGCCUCAUCAGUACCUCCUGGACGAGUUCACCUGCGAGGACUGCGGCUUCGGCGAGUGGCCUUCGGCCAACCUGACCGGCUGCUACGAACUCCCGGAGGAGUACAUCCACUGGUCGGACGCCUGGGCCGUCGGCCCGGUGACCAUCGCCUGUUUAGGGAUGCUGUGCACCCUGGCGGUGGCGGGAGUCUUCCUACGUAACAACGACACCCCGGUGGUCAAGGCGAGUGGCCGCGAGCUGUCCUACAUCCUCCUCUUCGGGGUCCUGCUGUGCUACGCCAUGACUUUCAUCUACAUCGCCAAGCCGUCGGCAGUCGUCUGCACCCUGCGGCGCCUCGGCCUGGGCACCUCCUUCGCCGUGUGCUACUCCGCCCUUCUGACCAAGACGAACCGCAUCGCCAGGAUCUUCGGAGGCGUCCGAGACGGCGCCCAGCGGCGGCGCUUCAUCAGCCCCGGGUCGCAGGUGGCCAUCUGCGCGGUGCUGAUCUCCGCCCAGCUGCUGGUGGCGCUGGUGUGGAUCCUGGUGGAAACGCCGGGCGUGAGGAAGGAGAUCAGCCCCGAGAGACGCGACGUGGUGACCCUGAAGUGCAACAGCAGGGACUCCAGCAUGCUGGUGUCUCUGACCUACAACUGCGUCCUCAUCGUCCUGUGCACGUUCUACGCCUUCAAGACCCGCAAGUGCCCCGAGAACUUCAACGAGGCCAAGUUCAUCGGGUUCACCAUGUACACCACCUGCAUCAUCUGGCUGGCAUUUCAGCCCAUCUUCUACGUCACGGCCAGCGACUACAGGGUCCAGACCACCACCAUGUGCAUCUCGGUGAGUCUGAGCGGCUCGGUGGUGCUCGGCUGCCUCUUCGCCCCCAAGACCCACAUAAUCCUGUUCCAGCCACAGAAGAACGUCACGGUGCUGAGGGCCAAAGAUCACCGCUUCUCCACCGCCACCACCACCGCCGCCCCCAGCCUCAACUACUCACAGGCCUCGGCCGCGAACGUGGUUCCGACGGUGUGUAACGGGCGCGAGGUGGUGGACUCGACAACCUCAUCCUUGUGAAGAGAAGAAGCACAUACAAGACAAGCACACACACACACACACACACGGUCCAGUGGUGCCAUGGACAAUCUGUGAGCAUCACCGCUUCCGUCGAGGUGCUUCGGUCAUCCAU